GUCCAACCCGAAAAUGCUCGGCAUGAGCCCGAUGUUAUCAUGCCGGGCCGUGCCAUGCUAUGCUACCGAGUACCGAGCCACCGAACCACAUUUUGUCUCUCCGUCUCUCUCGCACUAUCUUUCUGAAGAACCCGCCAUUGUUAUGUUAGUUAAAUAAACUGAUACUGUUCACUCCACCGGUCCUCAAAUGGAAGCAACCGCAGCAGCUCGUCUCUGUCCGGCUCCUCGCCACUCUCUCUUUGCACCUCGGCCAAGGCAUGGCGCCCGCUCAAUCCGGCUUCCUUCCCUUCUCAGAAACCCUAAUCUCAAUGCCGGACCCGCCCAUUCACCGUCGACGCGCUUCCGCGUUCCCAGUUCCUCCGCAGCUGGUGCAAAGCUUGCUGAGGAGGCUUCUUCUUCAUCGGGUUUCGUUGGGGAGUCUGAUCUCCUGAUCGUGGGACCAGGGGUACUCGGCCGCUUAGUGGCUGAAAAAUGGCGAAAGGAAUAUCCAAGCUGCCAAAUUUAUGGGCAGACAGUGACAAUGGAUCACCAUAAUGAGUUGAUCCAAAUGGGGAUUAGUCCUUUGCUGAAGGGAAGUGAAACUGCCCACAAGGUCCCCUAUGUCAUUUUCUGUGCUCCACCCUCUCGAUCUCCUGACUACCCUGGCGAUUUGAGAGUUGCAGCAUCUAACUGGAAUGGUGAAGGCGCUUUCUUGUUUACAUCAAGCUCUGCUCUCUAUGAUUGCAAUGAUAAUGGACCAUGCAAUGAGGAUACUCCAGUAGUUCCACUUGGUAGGAGCCCUAGAAUGGAUGUUCUUAUAAAUGCGGAAAAAGUUGUGCUGGAUUCUGGUGGCUGUGUUCUUAGAUUGGCAGGGCUAUAUACAAUGGAUAGAGGUGCGCAUGUUUAUUGGUUAAAGAAAGGAAGCAUUGAAGCACGCCCAGAUCAUUUCCUUAAUCUGAUACAUUACGAGGAUGCUGCUUCUCUGGCAGUUGCUAUCCUGAAGAAGAAACUCCACAGCAGGAUAUUCUUGGGCUGCGACAAUCAUCCAGUGACGAGGCAAGAAGUAAUGGAUUUGAUUGCUAAAAAUGGGAAGUUCAAUAAACAGUUUGACGGUUUUACAGGCACCGAUGGUCCUCUAGGCAAGAGACUGAACAACUCGAGAACUCGCGAGGAGAUUGGAUGGCAGCCAAGGUAUUCAAGCUUCUCAGAGUUCCUCGGAGUAUCUCAAUGACCAACAUGUUCUCUCCUUGUGCUGUUGUAAGUCUGGUUUUGAACAGGACUUGGGUUAUAUGCCGAGGGUUUAUUGAUGAAGUUUCCGGCGUCUAUUGUAUAUGUAUAUUCUGUUGUGUAGUAGGAUUGCGGCUUUUUGUUCUCCAACAACAUGCAGUGCAUUGAUUUGGAAUAGCUGAGUGACCGUAAUUAGUCGAUAAAGGAUGUUACUUGAUGAUUGAUUAA